ACCCGCACUCCCCUCCCCGCGGCGCAGCCAGGCAGCUCCUCCUCAUCUCCGCCCCGCCAGCCGCGGGCGCGCGGGACGUCAGCGCUGCCAGCGUGGAAACGGCAGCGGGGCGCGGGAGGCGGAAGUAGCGCCGGGGACCUCCGGGCCUCCAUCGGGCUCCACCGGCCGCUCAGCCAUGGACGCGCCCCUGGAGAAGAUAGCAGACCCUACACUAGCUGAAAUGGGAAAGAACUUGAAGGAGGCCAUGAAGAUGCUGGAGGACAGUCAGAGAAGAACAGAGGAGGAGAAUGGAAAGAAGCUCCUAUCAGGGGGUAUUCCAGGGCCACUGCAAGGCAGUGGACAAGACAUGGUGAGCAUCCUCCAGUUAGUUCAGAACCUGAUGCACGGAGAUGAAGACGAGGAGCCCCAGAGUACCCGAAUCCAGAAUAUUGGAGAACAAGGUCAUAUAGCUUUGUUGGGGCAUAGUCUGGGAGCUUAUAUUUCAACUCUGGACAAAGAGAAGCUGAGAAAACUUACAACUAGGAUACUUUCAGACACUACCUUAUGGCUAUGCAGAAUUUUCAGGUAUGAAAAUGGCUGUGCUUAUUUCCACGAAGAAGAAAGAGAAGGACUUGCAAAGAUCUGCAGGCUUGCCAUUCAUUCCCGUUAUGAAGACUUUGUGGUGGAUGGGUUCAAUGUGUUAUAUAAUAAGACACCUGUUAUAUAUCUAAGUGCUGCUGCUAGGCCUGGCCUGGGCCAGUACCUUUGUAAUCAGCUUGGCCUGCCCUUCCCCUGCUUGUGUCGUGUGCCCUGUAACACUAUGUUUGGAUCCCAGCAUCAGAUGGACGUUGCCUUCCUGGAGAAACUGAUUAAAGAUGACAUAGAACAAGGAAAACUGCCCCUGUUGCUUGUUGCAAAUGCUGGAACUGCAGCAGUGGGGCACACAGAUAAGAUUGGGCGUUUGAAAGAGCUCUGUGAGCAGUACAGCAUGUGGCUCCACGUGGAGGGUGUGAACCUGGCAACAUUGGCUCUAGGUUAUGUCUCCUCAUCAGUGCUGGCUGCAACCAAAUGUGACAGCAUGACAUUGACUCCAGGCCCGUGGCUGGGUUUGCCAGCAGUUCCUGCCGUGACCCUUUAUAAGCACGACGAUCCUGCCUUGACUUUAGUUGCCAGUCUUACAUCAAAUAAUCCAGCAGACAAGCUGCGUGCCCUGCCACUGUGGUUGUCUCUGCAGUACUUGGGACUUGAUGGGAUUGUGGAGAGGAUUAAGCACGCCUGUCAGCUGAGUCAACGAUUUCAAGAAAGUUUGAAGAAAGUGAACCACAUCAAAAUCUUGACAGCCCUUCAGGAGCCUCGCCCAUCCCAGAAGCACAAACUCACUGCCCCAGCUCACCACCUCCAGCACCAAGGCCCAUUCCAGGGCCAGGUGGCACUUGUGACCCGCCUUAUCAGUGCACAGGUGGAAGAUGAGCUCAGUUCUCCAGUGGUAGUGUUCAGAUUUUUCCAGGAAUUACCAGGCUCAGAUCCAGGACUUAAUGCUGUGCCGGCAUCCAGCGUGGCCCCGUCAGCAGCUGGCCGGGAGAGGCACUCGUGCGAUGCCCUGAACCACUGGCUGGGAGAGCAGCUGAAGCAGCUGGUGCCUGCGAGCGGCCUCACGGUCAUGGAUCUGGAUGCCGAGGGCACGUGCAUGCGGUUCAGCCCCCUGAUGACGGCGGCAGUGUUAGGAACUCAGGGCGAGGAUGUGGACCAGCUCGUAGCCUGCAUCCAGAGCAAGCUGCCGGUCCUGACCUGUACACUGCAGCUGCGAGAGGAGUUCAAGCAGGAGGUGAUGGGCACGGCAGGCCUCUUAUACGUUGACGACCCCAACUGGCCUGGAAUAGGCGUUGUCAGGUAUGAACACGCCAGUGAUGAUAAGGGCAGUUUGAAAUUGGAUCCAGAAGGGGAAAAAAUCCAUGCUGGACUCCUGAAAAAGUUAAAUGAACUGGAAUCUGACCUUACAUUUAAAAUGGGCCCUGAGUAUAAAAGCAUGAAGAGCUGUAUUUACAUUGGCAUGGCGAGUGACGACAUAGAUGUUUCCGAGCUAGUGGAGACCAUCACAGUCACAGCCCGAGAAAUCGAGGAAAACUCCAGGCUUCUGGAAAACAUGACAGAAGUGGUUCGGAAAGGAAUUCAGGAAGCUCAGGUUCAACUGCAGAAGGCAAAUGAGGAGCGGCUCCUGGAAGAGGGGGUAUUGCGGCAGAUCCCCGUGGUAGGGUCCGUGCUGAAUUGGUUUUCUCCAGUACAGGCUUCACAGAAGGGAAGGACUUUUAACCUAACGGCAGGUUCCCUGGAGUCCACGGAACAUACGUACGUGUACAAAGUACAAGGCUCGGGAGUAACACCGCCUCAGACCCCCUCAGGCACUCGCACUAAACAGAGACUUCCAGGCCAGAAGCCUUUUAAAAGGUCCCUAAGAGGUUCUGAUGCCGUGAGCGAGACCAGCUCCGUCAGUCACAUUGAAGACUUAGAGAAGAUGGAGCACCUGUCGGGUGGGCAAGAUGCCACAGGAGCGAACAGCCCUGAGCAGCACCCAGAGGCACCCACCCCUUCGGGAGCCGAGCAGCCUGGGGCCCUCCACCCGCAAGAUGACCACCCACAGGUAGAAGAACCGGAGAGCUUGAGAUAAAACUCAGUGUUUGCUUGGAGACUGUACUGAACGUUGUUUCAGGGAAGGUAAAGUUAUUCUGAAAAUGUGAAUUGUGCCACAUGCUAAUAUGCGAGAAAUUACUGUUGUUUGUGCUUAACUGGGAUUUUUGCACAAAUAUGUGCCUGAAAGCCAGGAUUCUGGGAGGGCAAUUGCCUUGUCUCAUUUUGUGGGUAUGUACUGAUAGAACAACCAACAACUGCUGUUUCUGUCUGUCCAACUGUAAUAGUACCAUCCCCCUACCCCCCCCCCCCCCCAGGUACCACAAACACUUUAUUCAUGAAGAACACUUAGCAUUUCAAGUGCCUGCCACUUGAAACACCUGCUCUUAUCUUUCCAAACAUACUUGUAAGAAGUUACAUAAUAACCUUCUAGUAAGACAGCUUUCUUUAGAAGUCCCUGGGUUUUCUGCUGCCCUGCUGCAGGGGAGAGACCCACAGCGUUCUUUGCCAUCUGUUUUCCUUGGUGUUUAGUUUGAUCAGGUUGCCGUAUACAACUGGAUUGUGUUUGGCUUGAAGGAGAAUGGGUUUCGAUGGGGUUGUAAAUAAGAGUGUCAGAAGCCCUCUCCUCUCCCCCAGUUGCUGCUUUCCCGGGACAUCAGUAAGGACCAUGUCCGCUCAAGCUGUGGCAGGGCUGUCUAGCAGGUUAGACCUGGCAGUGCUUCUGUCUGACUCAGCUCUGCCACAGAUCUGUUUCUCCCUUUCUAUACUAUUUGUAAACAAAUUAAAGGACUCCUCUAUUAAGAAUACCUGUAAAGACUCUUCUUGACCAUAUUAUAUAUAUGUAUAUUUUUAAAUACUGGUAAAGCUUUUAAAUUGGCAUACAAGUACAGACUGUACUCAUUUCUAUGUUUAAUAUCUGAAACCUCAAUAGAUGCUACUCUUAAGAGCCUCGUAUUAAAUAUGUCGUGUCACACCUCAUUACGUUAAAAUUCUAAAUUCAGUACACCUUUGACCUGUUCUCCUGGGAGC